AUGUUCCCUCUCAGCUACAUCGAUGGAGCAUUCGACGUGUUUAAUGUUGGUCAUGCUGCUACUUUUGAAAAGGCUAAGGCGUGCGGAACGUAUCUCAUAGUUGGCGUCUUUGACGAUCGUACAGUGAACGAGAUGAAGGGCUGUAACUAUCCUGUCAUGAACUUGGGAGAAAGG